AUGGACAAAAAGACAAGGAAGAUACUUACCAUUUAUAAGUGUAUCCACCCAAGAGAUGAUUUUGACAGGCUGUAUUGGAAGAGGGUUGAAGGAGGAAGAGGAUUGAAGAGUGUGGAAGAUGUUGUAGAAAUUGAAAAAUGCAGCCUAGGAUACUACCUCACCAAGACAGAUGAAGAGUUCUUACAGGAGGUCAAGAUAGAAAACAUUUUCAAGGAAGUAGAAGACCCAAAAAACAGGAAGAAAACCAUCAUAAACAGAAGAAAAGAAAGUUUCCUUGAAAAGAAGAUACAUCCUGUAUUUUGGAAAGGAAAAAAAGAGAUAAGAGAUAGGGCAGCAACAGGGCAAUGUUUAAAGAAGGGAACGCUAAAUGAUGAAACAGAAGGAAUGAUCCUACCAGCUCAAAACCAAGCCCUCAGAACCAAGUGGAUGCGACACCAUAUUGAUAAAGAUUUCGAAAUUUCACCAACAUGCAGGAUUUGUGGACUCGCAAAUGAAACCAUCUCACAUAUUGUUUCGGAAUCCCAUCUUCUUGCUCAAAAGGAUUAUAAGAAUGUCAGACAUGAUAAGAUUGCUACUGCAAUACACAGAGACCUAUGUAAGAAGUAUGUAUUUGAGUAUGCGGAAAAAUGCUGUAAUCACCACAUUGACAAGGAAAGCAGAGUACUGGAGAACGAUGAGGUAAAUAUUCUAUGGGAUUUCACCAUCCAGACUGAAAAGAAGCUAGAUUACAACAAGUCUGAUCUAGUCAUAUUGACGUAGGCUGCCAAUUUGAUACAAGAGUAAAGGAGGGGGAAAGAACAAAGAUAGAAAAAUACACAGACCUUAAAUAUGAAUUACCAAAAGUACGGAAAGGGGAAGUGACCAAGGCAUUUAUACUGCCAGUCUUCAUAGGCGCCUUGGGAACGAUGAUCAACAAUGUACAAAAUAACUUGGACAAGCUGAAAAUAGGCAGCAACGCAGGGGAUCUUCAAAUGGUCGGACUGCUUGGAACAGCAAGGAUCCUGAG